AUGACUUGGACAAGUCAGGCAAAUCCGCUACCUCCAAUUCAGUCAUCAGAUAACCCUCCGAUUGGAGAAGACUCUACAAGUUCAAGUUCAAGCCAUGCCGUUGAACUUGAAAAACAUAAUCUAGACUCUACGGGAAAUAGUAUGCCUACGUCCUCGUAUAAUGAUCAUGUUGAAUUGAAACAGGCCGAUCAAUUUGGGACUGGGGCAGAAAAUAUUGUCCAUACUGAGGGUGCCGAAAUCGUUGAGGAGCUGAAAUUGGGAAUGGUGUUUGAAUCUGAAGAGGAGUUACUUUGUUACUAUAAAAGAUAUGGGCAACAAAGCGGCUUUCCCAUAAUGACACAACGGAGUCAUAGGUUUGAGGAUGGGAGUGUUAGAUAUGUGACAUUGGGCUGUGCUCGGGGUGGCAAGGCAAGGAACCGUACGUCAAAUGUCGCUAGACCACGUCCGACAUGUAAGACAGACUGUAAGGCAAGGAUAAAUGCCUUAUUCAAGAAAGGGGUGUUGAAGUUGUCGAGUGUUAACAAUUCUCAUAAUCACGGUCUAAGUCCACAGAAGUCGAGGUUCUUUCGCUGCAACAGAGAAGUCAGCGAGUCUGUGAAGAGGGUGUUAGAUAUAAAUGAUCAGGCUGGGAUUAGAAUGAACAAGAGUUUCGCCUCUCUUGUGCAAGAAGCGGGUGGCUUUGAAAACUUGCCUUUCAAUGAAAAAGACUGUCGUAACUAUAUCGACAAGGCACGUCACCUUCGACUUGGGAAAGGGGGAGCUGGAGCCCUCCGUGAGUACUUUGCCCGGAUGCAAUACAAGAAUGACGGGUUUUUUUCACUAAUGGAUAUGGAUGAUGGCGGGCGGUUGAGGAAUGUAUUUUGGGCGGAUGCACGAAGUAGGGCAUCGUACAAAUAUUUUGGUGAUGUCGUCACAUUCGACACGACAUACUUGACAAACAGAUAUGGGAUGCCGUUUGCACCGUUUGUUGGUGUAAACCAUCAUGGCCAGUCAAUUUUGUUGGGGGCAGCAUUAAUUUCUAGCGAGGAUACAGAAACGUUUACAUGGUUGUUUCAUACUUGGUUGAACUGUAUGGAUGGUGAAGCUCCCAAGGUGAUUAUCACAGAUCAAGAUAGAGCCAUGAAAAAUGCAAUAAGUCUCGAGUUUGAGAAAUCUUGGGAGGAGUUAAUUACGAAGUACAACUUGCAGGAUAAUGUAUGGUUGAAGAGUUUGACAAACUUAAAAGAGUUUGUCGAUCAGUUCGAUAAUGCCUUGAGGAAGAAGAUUGAGAAUGAAAGUGCUGCAGACUUCCACUCAUUCAAUGUCACAAUUCCCGUUGUAUCUCCCUCGCCACUUGAGAAGAUUUUCCAAGACAUAUACACUUGCAAUAAAUUUAGAGAAGUUCAAAAAGAGGUAAUAGGGAUGCUUGCAACUCUUCCAACUCUUGACCGCAAGGAUGGGGUAAUUGCCACUUACCAUGUCGAAGAUGAAAUGAAUGUUGACGAUUUCAUCAAAGAGGUUACCCACACAGUCUACUUUAAUCAGACCGAAUGUGAAGUGCAGUGUUCAUGUGCCUUGUUUGAGAUGAGAAGGAUUUUGUGUAGACAUGUCUUGGGCAUUAUGAGAGUUAACAAAGUCCGUACAGUUCCAGAUAAGUACAUACUAGAUCGAUGGAGGAAAGACAUAACAAGAACAUACACUCUUAUUAGAAGUAGUUAUGACAUCGUUGAUCAGAGGCCUGAAGUGAGGAGAUAUUCACCUACCGCACGAAGAAGCCACCUCCAAUUCAGGUUGUAA